AUGGCAGAGAUUAGGGAGGACGAGGACCAGAAGCCGGGAAUUAGCAUUCUCCCAGGCCCGGAGCUCCUGGCACUGCCAAGUUUCGAUACGCGAGCGAGCAUAGCCUCGGCUGCUCUAAGUGAUGUGCCCAGUGACGUGAUCAUCAAGUCACGGAUUCGAUAUGGAAGUACUCUAUCCGCCUGCAAGGGCUUACUCUUGGAGUACUCCAAAAGCACCACCAUUCACGGCAUUCGCUACAUAUUCGAAGUCCACAGACCCAUCUACGAGAAACUAUAUUGGCUUUUCUUCACUUGCAUUUCUGUUUACUUUGCCGUCUCCCUCAUUUGGGAUACCUAUCUGAAGUGGCAGGACUCUCCGGUUAUCCUGGGCUUUGAUGAGACCCUGGUUCCAGUGCAUAAGAUACCAUUUCCCACCAUCACCAUUUGUCCGGAAAUAAAAAUGGAAAGGAAUCUUUUUGACUACACAAAUGUUUCGCGUCUGCUUUGGGAAGAGUACAAGGAAAAUGGAACCGUCAGCGAUUUGGAUGAAGAAGAAUUGGCCCGCAUGGCAGCCGCCAUGCACAUCUGCGAUCCGGAUGUAGUACAAAGAUUCACUCCUUUGCUGUCGCAAAUGCAUCCUCCUUAUGUGGAUGUAACCCAAACCCUGAUUGACUUGAGCAUAUCGAAGAAUGAGACGGGACCGUUCUGCAAAUGGAAUGGAAGAUUCUACUUCUGCGACAAGAUAUUUGACUUUGUGGCCACCGAUGAGGGUAUCUGCUAUCAGUUCAACGGCCUUCGACCCAAGGACAUUUAUCGCGAUGAGAAAUUCAUUAGCUACGUUGACCCGGAUGUGGUGAACUUUAACAACUACUUCGAUGUGGAUCUGCCGCGAUGGAAUAACAUAACUGGCAAUUGGUCACUGGACACCGGUUUCGUGGAUCAGGGUCAGAAUGCGUAUCCCCAGAGGACAGUAUUCUCGUCGGCAAAGAAUGGGUUCUUUGCCUUUUUGCAGGGCUUGCAGCACAACUUUGACUACGACUGUCGCAGUUUCAAGCAGGGCUAUAAGGUCUUUCUCAACUCCCCGGAGAGUGUGCCGCUCACCUCUGGCAAUUACAUCCUUGUACCCCACGGCGAUGAGGUCCUCGUCAGCGUCCUGCCAGCUUAUGUCGUGUCAACCGACAAUUUGCACGAAAUUACCCCUGAGAAGCGCCAGUGUCUCUUCGACGAUGAGCGAUCGCUGCGCUUCUUCAAGUCCUAUUCGCAGAGCAAUUGCCAAACGGAAUGCCUGGCUAACUUUACGGUUGCCAAAUGCGGUUGUGCCAAGUUCUGGAUGCCAAAACCUGUGGGCACUCCCGUCUGUGGACUAAAUGAUAUCAGUUGUUACACAGCUGCCCAGGACGAGCUGUAUGCCUUGCUUCAAAAUGAAACAAUGGCUAAGAGCAUCGAUAACAAUGUGGAAAUCACUUGCAAUUGCAUGCCGGCCUGUACAUCACUCGAGUACAACUUUGAGAUAUCAAGAGCCAAAUACGAAAUUGCAAAAACCAUUCGAGCCUUCCGCGAGGAAUAUGAACACACAGAUGCCAUCGGAUCUCGGCUCUCCGUAUACUUCAAGGAGCAUCAAUUUACGGCCAUCAAGCGUACAAUUCUAUUUGGAGUGUCCACCUUGAUUUCCAACUGUGGUGGCAUCUGUGGCUUGUUCAUGGGAAUAUCCUGUCUCAGCUUCCUGGAGCUACUUUACUUCUUUUGCAUGAGAAUCUGUGGAAGUUGCCGCGAUCGUCGUAAGCACAAAGUACAGCAAAUGUGCUCCGAUGAACAGCUGGAUAAGAAUUCAGAGGAUAAUAAGUCAAUAAAAUAGAUAUUGAUCUCAAAAAUGUU